AUGGCGGCGCUCGCGGCCGCGCUACCCACGGCCCAUAACGACGACGACGCCGACGACAGCGACGACGACGGCUACGAGGACGACUUCGUGGACCCCGAGGACUACACGGACGACGACUUCCAGAGCGUCGACACGGCCGACGAGGAUCCUGAUUAUGACCCAAAGCUGCCGGAGGUCGCGGACGCGAAAUUGCCCGUGCCGCGGCGGCCGCGCCGCGCGGCGCUCGCGGCGGCCGCGCCGCGUGCCUCGGCGCCACCGGCGCCGGCGCCGGCGCCCGUCGCGAGCGCGGCCGCGCCGGCAUCGUCGUCGUCAUCGUCGGCGCCGCCUCAGCUCAUUGAAACUACGACAGAGGCAGCUGAGGCACCCGCACCGGCGCCCGCGCCGCUGACGAACUACGACAAGUGGGACAAGAUUGAUGAUGCGGAGCAGGGGUCGCCCCCGUCGCCGGUCGACCACGCCGGCGCGCUGCCCGCCAUGCGCGUUUCCGAAAGGGACGACGGCGGCGUCUCGUUCGACUUCACGACGAUGCAACCAGAAGCGAACGACGACUUGGUCACGCUGAAUCCGCUCGGCGGCGACGACGUCGACGAGAACGAGAAGCCAGGCAUCUACCGCCGCGCGACGCCCGACGAGGCGCCGCGGCCGCCGCCGGCGCCGCGCGUGUUAGGUGUCUGCUCCUCAUCAACUUGCAGCAAGGACGCGACGCUGCGCUGUGGGGUCUGCAAAGUCGCAAAAUAUUGCUCUGUUAUAUGCCAGCGCCGCGACUGGAAACUCCACAAGGCGGUCUGCGCGCCGAUCCGGAGCGAAAAGGCGGGGACGCACCUCCGCACGAGCGCCGAAUAG